AUGUGGCGGGAAAUCGGAGACAGAGAAGCGGGCAAGCUUCGCCCAAAUUCGUUCUCGAAUCGGAUUAAGUCAAAUCGGAUCCAAACGCUCCAACUGUCGAACCGCAAAGACAUCGUCUCCCCUCACCGAGGCUCCGUCAACUCUCUCCAGGUUGAUUUGACUGAGGGCCGGUACUUGUUAUCCGGUGCUUCGGAUGCUUCGGCGGCGGUGUUUGAUAUUCAGCGGGGGACUGAUUAUGAAGGAGGCGGCGUUAUCAGAAAGCACAAGUGCUUGUUCAUGGUGGAUAAGCAGCACGAGCAGGGGCACAAGUAUGCGGUGUCCUCGGCCAUAUGGUAUCCGGUGGACACGGGACUAUUUGUUACGGGUUCGUAUGACCAUCACAUUAAUGUUUGGGAUACGAAUACGACGCAGGUGGUGAUGGACUUUAAAAUGCCUGGAAAGGUUUAUAGGACUGCCAUGUCCCCCUUGGCAACUUCGCACAUGCUCAUUGCUGCUGGGACUGAAGAUGUUCAAGUUCGUCUCUGUGAUAUUGCCUCUGGAGCUUUUGCUCACACCUUGUCUGGUCACCGUGAUGGUGUAAUGACGGUGGAAUGGUCUACUUCUAGUGAGUGGGUUUUGGUUACAGGUGGAUGUGACGGUGCAAUACGUUUUUGGGACAUUAGACGUGCUGGAUGUUUUCUUGUUUUAGAUCAGUCCCAGUCUCAGCUUGGGAGACGUCCACCCAUCUUGAAACGCUCUACCAUGAUUAAGGGUUCAACAGCUAAGUCCUUGUCAGCAAGUCAAAGUUCAUUUGCAAAAGCACGGACACCACAAAUGAAACUCAUGAAUGCAAAGCAAUCACCUAUCGGUAAAAUUCCAGUAAAGGGAUCUCUGAAGCAAAGAUUACAUCCAGGGAUGUUGUCUAGUCAGGAUCGUGCGACUGCUCAUUAUGGUGCUGUUACUGGGCUAAAAGUUACUGAAGACGGCAUGUAUCUCUUAAGUGCAGGUUCUGAUUCAAGAUUAAGGUUGUGGGAUGUAGAAUCUGGCUGCAAUACUUUGGUGAACUUUGAAACUGUGCGUCUGCAAACCAGCAAGCCCAUACAGUUAGCCACAAGUCAGAAUUUGGCUCUUGUUUUUGUACCAUGCAUGACAGCUGUAAAGGCAUUCGAUAUGUGGUCAGGUAAAACAUCCCUGACAUUUCGUGGUCACUAUGAACAUGUGAACUGUUGCUGGUUUAGUUUGCAGGAUCAGGAAUUGUACACCGGUGGCAAUGAUAGACAAAUUCUAGUCUGGUCGCCAUCCAGAUCAGUUUCCGAUGAGGAUGAAGGACCCAAGGACGAGGAUAAUUGGAGUGACUAGCAUGCACUGUUGUUAUAUUCUAGAAUCUGACCCUCAUUUCUGCUAGGUAAAGCAUCUUUGUCAUAGCCUGGAGUUUUCUGUUUUGCUUUAAGAUCCAAAAGGCUUUACUUGAUAGGCACAAUAAUAAUCCUUGCAUUUUAUGUUUUUGCUGCCUGCAUAUGCAUGUAAAUGUAAACCCAUUUAAUGUAAAAUAAAGAGCAAAAUUGAUGGAAAAUUUGGUACGCUGAUGAAUUAAAAAGACAAAAAAACUGAUGAUUC